AUGACCAGCAACAGCAUGACGGUCGUCCAUGGUGGCUCGGAGAUGGACGCGUUGCUUAGGCGGCAGCAGGAGCUCGUGGUUCAGCUCCGAGCGAUCAUCCUUCCGGCACUUUGCGACGCCGACAGCAGGUCAGCCGACCUCGCCGUCGACCUCUUCGAUGGUGUUAUCGGCUGCAUCACCGGGGUCAUAUCCAAGCUCCAGAGUAUCACUACCGCAGGCUGUGAACCAGCGGCCAUCCUCGGCGACGUUAUCUCCAACGGCGCCGGCGAGGGACAAGAGAAGAAGCCCGUGAUCAGGAACGCUGGUCAGAAGAGAAGGAGGAACAACGAAAAGCGGUCAAGAUCACUUGUAACAAUUGUUCCACAUUACGAUGGCCAUCAUUGGAGAAAAUAUGGGCAGAAGAACAUCAACGGGAGGCAACAUGCUAGGACCUACUACAGAUGUGCCUACACGAAACGGAACUGCUCAGCAACCAAGACAAUCCAACGACAGGAUCAUAAUGGAAGUCUUAAUUGUGAAGAUGAAACUGCAAAGUACAUUGUUGUGUACUAUGGUCAUCAUAGUUGCAGGGCUGACAUCACAAGAAAUGUCGCAAACAUUGACCCUAGUGUGGAUCUAAUUCAAAGUGGCAAAAUGGCCGGAGCAGUAACAGACUUUGAAAAGUUUGACCAGCAGGACUUGGACGUGUCGUCUCUGAUAGAGGUGUUCGACAACCCAGAGCUGAACUGGGACAUCAUUUGCUAG